AUGAAGAGGCAGAACGUGCGGACUCUGUCCCUCAUCGUCUGCACCUUCACCUACCUGCUGGUGGGCGCCGCGGUCUUCGACGCCCUGGAGUCGGACCACGAGAUGCGCGAGGAGGAGAAACUCAAAGCCGAGGAGAUCCGGAUCAAGGGGAAGUACAACAUCAGCAGCGAGGACUACCGGCAGCUGGAGCUGGUGAUCCUGCAGUCGGAGCCGCACCGCGCCGGCGUCCAGUGGAAAUUCGCCGGCUCCUUCUACUUUGCCAUCACGGUCAUCACUACCAUAGGCUAUGGGCACGCAGCCCCCGGCACCGACGCGGGGAAGGCAUUCUGCAUGUUCUACGCAGUGCUGGGCAUCCCGCUGACGCUGGUCAUGUUCCAGAGCCUGGGCGAGCGGAUGAACACCUUCGUGCGCUACCUGCUUAAGCGCAUCAAGAAGUGCUGUGGGAUGCGCAACACCGAGGUGUCCAUGGAGAACAUGGUGACCGUGGGCUUCUUCUCCUGCAUGGGGACGCUGUGCAUCGGUGCGGCUGCUUUCUCCCAGUGCGAGGAGUGGAGCUUCUUCCACGCCUACUACUACUGCUUCAUCACGUUGACUACCAUUGGGUUCGGGGACUACGUAGCCCUGCAAACCAAGGGUGCCCUUCAAAAGAAGCCGCUCUACGUGGCCUUUAGCUUUAUGUAUAUCCUGGUGGGGCUGACCGUCAUCGGGGCCUUCCUCAACCUGGUGGUCCUCAGGUUCUUGACCAUGAACAGCGAGGACGAGCGGCGGGACGCUGAGGAGCGGGCUUCGCUCGCUGGGAACCGCAGCAGCAUGGUCAUCCACAUCCAGGAGGAGGCCCAGCCGGGCCGGCCGCGGUACAAGGCCGACGUCACGGACCUGCAGUCGGUCUGCUCCUGCAUGUGCUACCGCUCACACGAGUACCGCCCGGCGGCCCACCAGAACUCCUUCAGCACCAAACUCACCCCCCAGUACUUUCACUCCAUCUCUUACAAGAUCGAAGAGAUCUCUCCAAGCACAUUGAAAAACAGCCUCUUCCCCUCGCCCCUUAGCUCCAUUUCUCCUGGGUUACACAGCUUUACCGACAACCACAGGCUGAUGAGACGGCGGAAGUCCAUUUAGGGUGGGAGGGGACACAUGGACAGAAGGCGUCAUUUGUCAUACUCAACGUCCACUUCCAUUGACCCGACUCGUCUUUCCUUCUUUAUUAUUUAUUUAUUAUUAUUAUCGUCAUUUAUUGUUGUGGUGGUUAUCAUGAUCCCUUUCUCUCCUCCCUUCUCUCUUGGUUUCAUUUCCUCCCCACCUUUCCAGCGAGGCAGAGCAGGUCAAAGGGAAAAUAAAGGCCGGUCCUCCUCUGAGUCUCGCAUCUAAGCAUGAAGCAUGGAUUUCUUCCUUCCCAGCAAAGUCUGCCUUACAUUUCUACCCCCGCGACCCGCUCCAUCUCUGGGGCGGCUUUCCCAGGACAGGUGUGAGAGCAGGAUGGAGACAGAGCUGAGAGGAUACCCAACCCCAAGGUGCACACCCAGCUGAGAGUCUUCGAGCGCCCACUCACGGUGGUGUCUCUAACGCCUUUCUCUUUUUCUCCCCAAGGAGUGGGUGACAGCCUGUGUGUGUGUGUGCGUGUGUGUAUGAAUGUACACGAGAGCACGUGCCAGCUCACACCCGAGUGUGCUUCUGUGUGCGUGUGUACCAUGUGACGAAAUGGGAAGUUCGAGGUACUCAUUUUUCUUUUCCAUCACAUCAUUUCAUUAAUAGCCUGCUUCCAGCUGCUUCCAAACAUGAUGGGAAAACAAAAGCCACAAAGUUAUUGAUUUAUUGUCUUGCCAAAUCAAGCAUGUUCCAUGAGCAGGCUCUAUCCCAGGCGUGCCAGGCCCAUAUUUUUAAAUGCUAGGUUCUAAAUUAUAUUAACUUCUUUUUAGGGGGCGGGUGGGCAAGAAGACACGGAUCGUUUUAGCUUGCCAGUUCAAAAAUUUUUAAAGAGCAUGCACUUUGCUAAACUGGUAUGCAUUAUUGAUGCAAGAACACAAAACUAGCAAUGGAAUAAAUAAUCAAAAACCAA